AUGUCUUUGCGCGUAGCAUUUCGUCAAGCAACGCGGCAAAUCUCGAGGCGGCGUCCUGUCUGCGAGGUUGGUCGAAGACAUGCUUCGACACCUGCAAAAUUUCAAUGGGACGAUUCAUUGAACUCUCAGAGCCUGUAUACCGAAGAAGAGCUAGCGGUACAAGAGACAGCACGGUCAUAUUGCCAGGAACAGCUUCUACCUCGAGUACUUGACGCUUAUCGGAAUGAGCACUACCAUCGAGAAAUUCUCUCAGAAAUGGGUGAGCUUGGUCUGUUGGGUGCCACGAUACAAGGUUACGGAUGUGCGGGAGUGAGCAGUGUAGCAUCUGGUCUCAUUACAAGAGAGGUAGAGAGAGUUGACUCGGGCUACAGGUCUGGUAUGUCUGUGCAGAGCUCUCUAGUCAUGGGACCUAUAGACGAGUUCGGGACGAAAGAACAGAAAGACCGCUGGCUUGAGAAGCUGGGACAGGGGAAACUCGUGGGAUGUUUUGGCCUGACGGAGCCCAACCAUGGCUCAGAUCCUGGCUCGUUGGAAACUACAGCCAAACCUCAUCCGUCCAAGGAGGGCUACUACUCAUUGUCUGGUGCAAAGACGUGGAUCACAAACUCUCCAAUUGCUGAUAUCGCGGUUGUUUGGGCUAAGCUACAAGAGACUGGCAAAAUAAGAGGUUUUGUCAUUGAGCGAGAUCAGUGCCCUCCCGGAACCUUCGAGACACCUGUGCUGAAGAACAAAAAUGGCCUGCGAGCGUCGGUGACUGGUAUGAUUCAAUUGGACGAGUGCCCUGUUCCGAAAGAAAACAUGUUCCCAGAGAUCGAAGGUCUCAAAGGUCCAUUUGCAUGCCUCAAUUCAGCCCGGCUUGGAAUAGCUUGGGGAGUUAUGGGAGCGCUCGAAGAUGCUCUCGAGCGCACUCGAAAUUACGCUUUGGAAAGAAAACAAUUCAAAGGCAAUCCAAUUGCGAAGUAUCAGCUGGUUCAGAAGAAGAUGACCGAUGCCAGCACUGACAUAGCUUAUGGUCUACUCGCAGCACACCAGGUCAGUCGACUCAAGGAUGAUGGAAAGGUUGCUCCAGAGAUGAUAUCCAUGAUCAAGCGACAGAACUGCGAUCGAGCCUUGAUCAAUACUCGACAUCUUCAGGAAGUUUUUGGUGGCAAUGCUGUAAGUGAUGAAUAUCAUAUCGGUCGGCACGUAUCAAAUUUGUUUGUAACUCAGACAUAUGAAGGUCAGAGUGACAUUCAUGCACUUGUCAUAGGAAGGGCUAUUACUGGUAUGCAGGCAUUUGUAUGA